AUGGUUCUUGUAGAGAAUUGGAUGCCUCCCUCAAGGGAAAACUGGGAGUUAAUCGUGUGGGGAUUUCAAUGGUUUCCAUUGGUAACAAUCAUUCAAUGGGUCCAACCAUGGUACGGUGCAGGCAAGACCUCAUCAAAUAGUCGAUUCAAUCUUCCAGGAAAAUUGGCUUGGAUUACGAUGGAAUUGCCUGGGCUGAUGACCAUGCUGUACAUUAUGUAUACGUUGCCCAAAGAGGUGGAGUUGAAUGACUUGCCAUGGGAGAACAAACUGAUGGCGGGGCUCUAUACCAUACAUUACAUCAAUCGUGCUAUCAUUGGCCCUCUUAUCUCUCCUUCUAUGUCCCCCAUACAUUUUAUAGUUUGGCUUUCGGCGAUUGCCUUUCAAGUCAUAAAUGCUACAUCACUGGGAUGUUAUUUUGCUGGUUAUGGACCUCUUACCAGAGCUGAUUGGAAACCUAUAUCAGGAAAUCCAUAUGUAAAUGGAGCACGGAUCGAGUUAGGCAUGAUGAUUUUCUUUCUCGGUCUCGUAAGCAACAUAUUUCAUGACGAUGAGCUACGUGAAAUCAGGCGCGCGGCACUUCGAAAACAAGCAGCACAGCAUGAUCCUUCAACCGGAAAAAACAGAGGCAAUACAAAGGUAGACAAAGUGUACAUGCUUCCCCAGAACGGUCUCUUCAACUACAUUCUAUAUCCUCAUUAUUUCUGUGAGUGGAUCGAAUGGGCUGGUUUCUUCAUAAUGGCUGGAAGUGGUUGCGUGCCUGCAAGAAAUUUUCUUAUAAAUGAGAUAACUACGAUGUUACCAAGAGCUUUACAAGGAAAGGCUUGGUAUGUUAAGAGGUUUGGUCAAGAGAAGGUUGGGGCAAGAAAGGCUAUAAUACCGGGGAUUUUGUGA